AUGGCCGACGAAAACAAUGCAAACGCGAACAAUGCAAACGCGAACAAUGCCAACGCGAACAAUGCAAAUGCCACCGAUGCUAAAGCCCUACAUCCAGUAUAUUCUGUCACAAAUAUACAGAAUAAAGUCCGGGUUCUUGACGGCGAAAAAGUAACAUACUCUUCCUGGGUGAAAUUAUUCAAACUUCAUGCACAUGGGUACGAUGUAUUGAAUCACAUCGAUGAAACACCACCACCUGCUAAAACAGAUCCAUCCUAUGAAGCUUGGUCCAAAAUAGACUCCAUUGUUCUUCAAUGGAUCUAUGGAACUCUAUCAGGCGAUCUAUUGGUUCGCGUUUUAACGACUGAAUCAACCUCUCAACAAGCUUGGGACCGGAUUAAGGUUAUCUUUCUCAAUAAUAAAAACUCUAGGGCAGCCACUCUUGAACAUGCAUUCACCACUACCACUAUGGCUUCUUGUACCUCUAUGAGUGCCUAUUUUCAGAAAAUGAAAGAUUUAGCAGACCAACUCAAUGAUGUGGAUCACCCGAUCUCAGAAUCAAGGCUUGUUUUGCAAAUGAUCAUCGGUCUUCCAAGUGAAUUCGAUACAGUAGCUUCGUUUAUCACUCAGUCUGACGCGUCAUGGGAUUAUGCAAGAGAAAUGUUAGAUCGGGAACAACGUCGACAAGCUGCACGACAACAACUACCCUCCCAAACAGCCCUUGUUACUACUAACCGACCAUAA